AAGCAGAAGGUUAGUCAUUAGUGCGUUGUAAAGAAAUUAGACGAAAGUGUCUGGGUUUGAAGAGUUCGACAGGCGACGGCAGGUCUGUUUGUUCGGCGGUUCCUGGAGGCCCUCGGUAGAUCCGCCCACGACACGCCCAUUCGAGCGGGAUAAAUAGCGCUGUCCGACGGAGAGAGGAGCCCGAUUUCGUCUGACUGCCGCCACAGGACGAUGGAGACUGAAAUCGAGCAGCAGGAGGAAGAGAGCACCUUCAGCAACACGGAAACCAACGGAAAGCGACCAGCUGAGGACAUGGAUGAGGAGCAGGCAUUCAAGCGGUCCCGCAACACAGACGAAAUGGUGGAGCUGCGUAUCUUGCUGCAAAGCAAAAAUGCAGGAGCUGUGAUUGGGAAGGGAGGGAAAAACAUCAAAGCACUACGAACAGAUUACAAUGCCAGUGUAUCAGUCCCAGACAGCAGUGGCCCUGAGCGGAUUCUGAGCAUCAGUGCAGACAUCGAAACUGUCGGAGACAUCCUGCUGAAGAUCAUCCCCACACUGGAGGAGUACCAGCAUUAUAAAGGGAUUGAUUUCGACUGUGAGCUGAGGCUCCUGAUCCACCAGAGCCUGGCAGGGAGCAUCAUUGGUGUAAAAGGUGCCAAAAUCAAGGAGCUAAGAGAGAACACCCAGACAACCAUUAAGCUCUUCCAGGAGUGCUGCCCUCACUCUACGGACCGCGUGGUUCUGGUCGGAGGAAAACCAGAGCGAGUCGUCGAGUGCAUCAAGAUCAUGCUUGAGCUGAUUGCUGAGGCUCCUAUUAAAGGACGAGCUCAGCCAUACGACCCUAACUUCUAUGAUGAGACGUAUGACUACGGUGGAUUUACAAUGUUUGAGGAGCGCGGCCGGCGGCCAAUGGGCUUCCCAAUGCGUGCACGGGGUGGCUUUGACCGUAUUCCUCCUGGCCGUGGUGGCCGACCCAUGCCGCCCUCCCGCCGGGACUAUGAUGAUAUGAGUCCACGCCGAGCACCACCCCCACCACCUCCUGGCAGAGGGGGCCGGGGUGGGAGCAGGGCUCGCAACCUUCCCCUGCCUCCGCCACCUCCUAGAGGAAGAGAUGACGGGUAUUCCUACGAGAGCUAUCAUGGCAGUGCAGACGACAGACCAAGUAAUGAUCGGAGAGGGAGACCUAGUGAUCGCUACGACAGCAUGAGUGGAGGAUAUGACAACAGCUCGUCCUGGGAGCCGUUCCAGUCUGGUGGGCGUGGGUCCUAUGGUGACAUAGCAGGGCCCGUCAUCACCACCCAAGUGACAAUCCCCAAAGAUCUGGCAGGAUCAAUCAUCGGGAAAGGUGGCCAGAGAAUUAAGCAGAUCCGUCACGAGUCUGGAGCAUCUAUCAAGAUUGACGAGCCCCUUGAGGGUUCUGAAGACCGCAUCAUUACCAUCACAGGCACUCAGGACCAGAUUCAAAACGCACAGUACCUAUUGCAGAAUAGUGUGAAGCAGUACUCUGGUCGGUUCUUCUAAAGGAGGAGAGUAAGAUGGAAAACCGCCCUGCUUAUUAUGGCCCUGCUUCUGUUAAAUGAGCCAACAUUCCUCUACUUUAGAUAGAUUUCCACACUUGGGGCAUUGCCCCUGUUCUGCCUCUUCACCGCCUGGUUGUCAUGUAAUUUUUUUUUUUUUGGGACACCUACACAUUUAAGUAAAUGUGUGAGGUUUUUCAGCAGCAGCAGAAUGAGUGUCACUGCAUUCUUAUUUUUGAUUUUUUUUGUAUUGUAUUUUUCAGUUGUCACUGACUUGGACUGUGGUUUUUCCAAGUAGGUUAGACCCAUCUGUGUGAACACUAUGUGUAUGGGCUACAGUGUGCGUACCAUCAGUGGACACAGGCCUGGCAUCCCAACAGUACAAUAAGCAGAAUUUAAUAUUUUAUUAAAGGAAAAUUUGGGGUUUUUUGUUUUAUCAAGAAUUGUCAUUUUUUGCAUAUUUUUAGUUGUCAAAACUUGGGUGAACUGUAUAAAUGUAAAUAUACAGUCAUUAAGGAUUUUAUAAAAUUUGAAUUGCCUUCCAAAUGACUUGUCCUUGGGUUAUUCUAGUGCGCUGAUUGGACCAAAAGAUUUUAUUUUGGGUUGGGCUUGCAUCUUAGCCCAUUGCUCUUUUCAUUAGAAUGGAGCACAGUUCGCUGCUUGCUGUCCGUUUGAAAGAUGUCAAUAGUUAGGAAUUCAUUUAUUGUCCAUCUCACUGUAUCACUUAACGCUGGCCUAAACCCAUUAACAAUGUCUGUUCCAAUCACUUUCAAAAUCUAGAGACUGCUUGUGAAUCAGGGCAUUGAUACAGUAUGGGCGGUAGAGGGUUGUAUGUCCCCUUUUGUUUUUUUAAAUGCAGAAGUUAUGUCAUUCCUUAUUGAAAUCCUGUUUGAUUUGCUUGCCGGUGAGUAAUAAAUUCAAUGCCACUUUU